CGUUAAAAACAAUGUAGGCCAGUUGGAACAGUGGACUCUUGGCCCUAUAAUCUUAUGUAUACGAUGGCUGUCUAUCAGCUGUCGUUGACAGUCAUCGUUAUCACUUUACUGGUGAUACCACUGGCAGAUGGGGAGAUACACAGAACAACGUUAAAAACGGGAGUACCGAAUCGUUUUUCUCAGGACGUGGCAAGUGAAACUCGAUCCGCUAUGUCGGAUCCUGAGGCUGAGAGAACGUUUUAUGAAGUUUUGGUUUAUUCAGUAGGAGGCGCAGUGCUUGUAGGCCUCAGUGGCAUCUUUCCUCUCCUUGUUAUACCUAUAGAGGCUGGUCCUGCACUGAAACACGGUGCAGCGGCCAACAAACUGAAACUACUGUUGAGUUUUGCUGUAGGGGGACUACUUGGGGAUGUUUUUCUACAUCUGUUACCAGAGGCUUGGGCAGCUGUUGAUAAAGGUGGACAACAUGAUCAUUUUGGACACACAAAGAUUGGACUGUGGGUACUAGCAGGAAUCCUCUCAUUUCUGAUCAUUGAAAAAGUAUUUGCCAAAGAAGGAGAAUUUGAUCAUAUGCAUGAUGAUUGUGAUUCGGAUAAUGAAGAAGAAGACAUCCACAAUAGACAGAUUUCAGAUUUGCCAAAAAUAAAUGGUUGUGAUUUAAAACAAAGGACUAGUUCAUCAGAUAAUCAUAAAACAAAUUACAAAAAGCCAAAAAAUCAUGGAGUUACAUCAUUGCAAAAAACAACCACUUCAUCUUCAUCCAAGCAGCACACCAGCGGGGCACCAGAGGGGGAGUCUGAUAUCAAGGUUAGUGGAUACCUGAACCUGCUGGCUAAUGUCAUAGACAACUUUACCCAUGGUCUAGCUGUAGGAGGAAGCUUUCUAGUCAGCAACAAGGUUGGUUUUGUGACCACACUAGCCAUACUUUUACAUGAGAUUCCACAUGAAGUGGGAGAUUUUGCCAUUCUGUUGAGAUCGGGCUUCAACAGGUGGAAAGCUGCUAAAGCGCAGAUGAUGACUGCAACAGGAGGCAUUCUGGGAGUGAUAACGGCUCUGACUGCAGAGUCAGCUGAAUCAGCCGGAGAAAGCACAGCUUGGAUCCUUCCUUUCACCUCUGGAGGAUUUAUCUAUAUUGCCCUUGUCACUGUAGUCCCAGAUCUCUUAGAUGAAAAACAUACAUUGGAGUCUUUGAAACAACUUCUGUGUCUUUGUGGUGGGAUUCUAGCAAUGCUGGUAGUAAGCCUCUUCCAUUGACAUUUCUGACCUAGUGACAGCUAAAAAAGGACCAAUUUGCAUUUUCUAUAUACUGUAUUUUGAACAUAUUUUUGAGGGAAAAGGUGAUAUUGAAAUACUUUUUAAGAUUUUAUAUAUAGAGGAAUUUUGAUGUCCUUUUUAACCUUCGAGUUUGUCGGAGAACAAAAUUGUGUAUGAGAAAGUUUAUUAUUUUUGUCAUUUGAACGUACUUUACACACUUGUGUUUAUAUGCCAAAAGGCAUGUGGAUAUUUGUACAGAAUAUUUGUACAAUUGUUUUCAUUAUAUCAUACUGUACAAUUGCAUUAUGCAACAUUUGUUCAAAGUUUUGAAUAUUUGCUUUUCCAGUCUUUGCCAAAUUUUAUUUGAUAUAGCUAACUGAAAGCCAUUACGUACACGUUUUAAAUUGGUGUUCAAGAUAGAUGUUCUUAUAGUGUAUUUUUGGAAAAAUAUUGAAAUAUUUUUGACGACUAUUUUACUGAAGGAGAAAUAAUUCCUAUAUUUUUAUAUACAGACAAUGAUCCAUAUAAGGACAGAGUGUCAUAUUAGUUUAGAUUUGCCUGUUUGUUUGUCCUUGUUCUAACAUUAUAGCCAUAACCUGUGAGCAAAAAUAAGGUGGCAUUGAACUUAAUGUUGGUUUUUUGUAGUCUACAAAUGAAGCUUUGUUAGAAAUUACAAACAUGUUACAUAUCGGGGUACUAUAAUUUUACUUGGAGGGCAGAGAUCAAAUAGAAAUUUACCUCCACUAAAUUUUAGACUGUUAGUUUGCAUAUCAAAUAAAAUUUUUAAGUAAUUCUUAAAUUUGAAUGUACAUUAUAUAUACAUGGUCAUAACCUGUUAAGUUUGAUAGUAAAUGAUAUAGUUAUGCAUAUAUUUUCUUUUUGGGUAUUAUUUGUGCAGUAAAUAUAGUUAAAGGGUUUAACCCCCCAAAAAAUUAUUUUCGUUCUCUGCAAUGUAAGCCUAUACUUCACACUUUCCUAUGACUUGGACAUUAAGGAAAUGUGUGAAUUUAGCAAAUUAAUCAUAGUGCAAUAUUUUACACACAGUUUUAUGUGUUACAUACGUUGUAGAUUAAUUAUCAUGUGGUAUGGAUUCAGGGUGAUAUUACUUUGUUGAAGAUGAACACGAUUGUAUUUUGGUGGAAUUUUGUUUUUAUGAAGGGUGGAAAGUGUUAACUUUCUGUUGGUAAACUGCAUUCAUAUUUAAAGAAAUAUUGUCUAUUUUCUCUGCAUUUUUUGACAAGGUAUUUACGGAUAAAUAUAAUGUACUCUGUCAAAAAUGCUAUAGUAUGUUAAAACAGGACUUUAUGAAGACUUUUUUUUUAAAUUUCAACAAAUAUAGAAAUACAAUAUAGUGCAUUUCACUAGCAUAUUGGUAAACAUAGAUUCUACAAAUACUUAUCAAAGAAAGAUCUCAGAUAAUCAUGUGCUACCCAAUCAAAGUAUAGGUGUUAAUGAGUAUCACAGAUGUUCUAUUAUGUAAAAGGUCUUUUAAAUCCAUUCUUAAUUGAAUUCUUUUCUGCUCAACAUAGUCUGCAUCCUGUUAGAAGUGGAUAGUCAGAGCUUUUUAUGUCAUCAAACUGUUUUUUAAUUAUCAUUUCUCUUUAUCCAUGAGAUCUGAGGUUUUAAACUUCGUAAAAAUCAGCAAUUCCAAAAUUUUAUACACUGUAUACAUGUAUAUCAGCAAUUCUUAAACCGUGGGUAAGAAGAAAAUAAGAUUGUAUCCAAAGGAUUUUUUUCCUGUCAAGAUUAAGAUACAGUCUAUAUCAAUUUUAACAAUUCAUUUUAAAAAAUUGUUAGAGAUGGAAUCAAAAUGUUUUUGUUUUAACUUACACUGUAUAUAUUCCAGUAUAUAUUAUACAAUUUAGGAUUGCAUUUUCAUAAACACAUGCCAUGCAUAAAGCAUUUUCAUAGGUGCUGGACUUGCUUCUUAUAUUUUAUUUUUACGUAGAAUUUUAUUUUUAAAUUGUUAAGAUAUGCCAAUUUAUGGUAAAAUGCAUUACUAAAAAGUGAUUAGCAGAUGGCAUUAGCAUUGCAUUUUAUUCACAUUAAUUAAUUCUGUCUCAUAAUUUAUGGUCACCUGACUAGCUCAUUGCUAUUUACUCUUUGUCUUUUAUCAUAAAAAUUCUGCACCACUCAGCCAAUGGCUUAUUUUUUAAAAACUUCCCUUGUAAGAGCUCAAAAAUUAGCAAAAUGUUUUGUUUUUAUAUAUAUACAUCUUUAGACUUAAGUGGGGAAGUCAGAUGCUCUGAAAUUUUACAAUGGAGUAGAUGGCAGUUCCAUGAUACUCGGGUGACUGUUACGGCCCCUUGGUCUCUUACUGAAAAUGAAAUCCAAAUCUGUAUAAUAUGUUAAAUGGAUAACCGUGAUGGCAAACUUCUAGGAGUAAUUUAUUACAAUCAUAAGCAGAUGUGUUCUUUAUAGUCCUCAAUAAUGUAUAAAGCAUUUACUUCUAGAAUAGUUUAAAAUCUACAAAGAUUUUUUUUUGUUUUUUCAUUGUGAUAAAAUACCUAUAUUUUUGUGCAUUGUUAAGGAUGAGCACUAUUGUUUGACAAACUUGCUUUGUGAUACUUUGUAGCAUUUUACGUUACAUAUGGAUCACACCCAAUAAAAUCAUGAAAGCAU